AUGUUCCGAAAGCUCAAUUUUCUCCAAGAGGGCUCUGUGACGUCCGUCAAUUCGGCCUCCCAAUUCCUUGCCGGCAUUCGGGGAAAAACUAUUCAACCCGACCAAAUCAUGGUAUCCUUCGACGUUGUCUCACUUUUCACGCCCAUCCCACCAGACUUGGCGCGCGACGUGCUACGCAAACGCCUCGAAGAAAAGUACAACGAAACGACAGUGCCGCUAAAGAUCCAGCACCUAAUGCAGCUCUUUGCAUUCUGCCAACGAACCUUUUUCACCUUCGAUGGCAGAACAUACGAACAAAUCAAAGGAACACCCAUGGAUUCCCCAAUAUCCAGCCUAGCUGCGGAAUUGGUCCUACAAGAGCUAGAAAAGGUUGCUUUCAGCCAUUACAAACCUGCGUUUUGGCGCCGAUACGUGGACGAUACAUUCGUCAUUAUUGAAAAGGACAAGCUAUCGGGUUUCCAAGACCUACUUAACAGCAUAUUUCCCGACAUUCAGCUUACAAGAGAAGACGAGGAGGACUAG